AUGGUAAGACGCAUUGAUGUGCAAUCGACCUCCCACAUCCCCGCUACCCCUGUUGCCGACCUAGGACCGAAGCGAGAUGACGAGAAGGGAGGGGAGUGGCCGGUGAGGGAGGUCAUCGGCAGCAUGAUGUGGGUGUCAACAUUCUCGCGUCCAGACGUCUCGUUCGCCGUGCGUGCGGUAGCGCGCCACGCCCACGCCCCGUCGAAGAGGCACUGGGAUGCCAUCCAGAAGAUCCUCGGCUACUUGCAAGGGACGAGGGACCUCGGCAUCACCUACCAACAGGGAUCGGGGUUACGGCUGGCCGUGUACGUAAACGCUAGCUACGCCGACACGGAGGAUAAGCAUUCGGUGUCAGGGUUGGCGACGACGGGUGGAGGUAGCAAGACACAGAGCAUCGUGACUCUGUCUUCGACGGAAGCCGAGUACAUUGCUGCCGGGGAGGGCGUCAAGGAGGCGUUGUUUGUGCGUGCUGCGCUUUCGUUUGUUGCCCCAGAGACCAGUGGUAGCAACAUCCAGGUCCUUGAGGACAACCAGGGGGCCAUAGCGGUGGUGCAGAACCCCCUCAGCUCAAGUCGCACGAAACACAUCGACUUGAGAUUUCAUUUCAUCCGCCGAUUGUUUAGGUCGGGGGAUAUUUCGGCCAAGUUGGUUCCGACAACGGGGCAGCACGCGGACCUCCUAACCAAGGCCCUUAGCAGGGCUAGUCUGCAGUACCACCGGCGCAAGUUGAUGAAUUUGCCGAAGUAG